UGCAAGAUGAGGAAGCCAAGCAUUGCUUCUUGCUUUGUUCUCUGUUUCCUGAGGAUCAUGACAUCGUAGUAGAAGACUUGGUACGAUAUGGGAUGGGGUUGAAAUUAUUCAAAAAUGUUGAUACAGUGCAAGAAGCCAGGAGCAGAGCAAAGUUAGUGAUCAACAAUCUCAUAGCUUCCUGUUUAUUAUUAGCUGGUUAUAAACAAGGUAGCAUCAAAAUGCAUGAUGUUGUACGUGAUGUUGCCAUAUUUAUUGGAUCCAAAAAGUAUUUUGUAAGAGCUGGUCGCAAUUUGAAAGAUUGGCCAAAUAUGGAUAGUCUGGAUCAAUACAUUGGCAUAUCGUUGAUCAGAAAUCAAAUCAGCAACCUUCCUGAGGUCUUAGAAUGUCCAAAGCUCCAAAUAUUACUAUUACAAGACAAUAAAACUGCAUGGUCUUGUUCAAAUGAAUUCUUUUCAGGGAUGAAUGCACUUACUGUUUUAGAUUUGAGCAAACAACCUUUCUACAAUAUUCGCAAUCCAAUUUGUAGUCCUGAUGCUUUCAAUAACCAAAAGUGUCUUCGAACAUUAGUUCUUGACGGAAUUACGUUUGGGGACCCUAAAUUUCUUGGACAGUUAAAGACGCUUGAAGUCCUUAGCCUCAGGCGUGUCGUCUUUUUUAAGGCACCAAAUGCUAUAAGGGAGUUAACUAAUCUAAGGUUGCUGGACAUGACUGAAAGCCGUCAUGAAUUUCCGAUUCCAUCCACAAUGGUAUUGCCUUUAUUCCAUUUGGAGGAGUUGUACUUGUUUCACAUCACAUAUUCGAGGAGUAUCGGAUACCCUGCAGUGGAAGUAGUUGCUGCACUAAGAUCUUUGCCUCUCUUAAAAAUGCUAACCAUUUCCAUACCUGACAUUGCGUAUAUACCCAAGGACUUUGUUUUUCCUGAGCUGGAAAGUUUUAUUAUUGUUAUUGGAAAAUUGAGUUCUUGGGCUUUGCCUCCAAAUUAUUCCCCAAAUUAUUUGGGACUUGGAAAUUUGGUUGGAACCAUGGUUAAUUGGAGUAAAUGGCUAAAGAUGGUGUUGAAAAGAGCUACACGUUUGAGGAUUGACAAUUGUUCUGAAUUGGAAUACUUGAUCAACACAGAGGAAUGGGGGAUUUCAUCACAGGCACAAUCACGUGAUCUGCAAUUUCUCUUCAACCUGGAAGAAUUGGAACUCUGGAGUUUGGGUAGUUUCAAAGGGAUAUGUGCAGCAAGUGCACUUACUACUUCCAGUUGGGUGUGCUUCCCAAAGCUCAGAAGUUUGACAGUUUUGAUUUGUCCUUCACUAUCAACUGUUCUUCUUCCAUUCAAUUUGCUUCAAAGGCUACAACAUUUGGAGGAGCUUGGGGUAGGAUUUUGCGAGAAAUUGGAACAAGUAUUUGAUUUUGGUUUUGAAGGAGAAGGCAUGAAGCUGCUUUCCAGUCGUCAACAUGUGGAACUCAGCAACCUAAGAGAUAUGAAAGUCGUUGAAUGUGGGAAACUGAAAUAUGUCUUCCAACCUUCCAUAGCUCAAGCUCUUCAUCAACUUGAAGAGCUUUCGGUAGUGGACUGUGAAGAAAUGGAGGAAAUUGUUGUUGCCAAGCAAAACGAAGGGCACGAAGAAGAAGAGAGAGUGAACUACAAGAUGGAGUUCAAAAGUCUCAAAGCACUCUACCUUGCAGGUCUUCCAAACCUAAGUGGUUUCUGCACAGGAGGAGACGACUUUCCUUUUGAAUGGCCAUCCUUGGAACAACUUAUGGUGAAAGAGUGCCCCAAAAUGAAGACUUUCGCUGCCACUACUUCUGGCAGCACACCAAAACUGAAGGAAGUUGAAUUGGAUGGAUCCGGGAUACCGCUACAGGGGAUGGACUUGAAUCAGUUUGUGCAAACCCAUAUCAUUUCAAACCCACCUAACUAAGUUAUCAACCAUAAAGAAUGUUGAGCUACUCCCUAUGGUUAUAUGAUGUCUACCUUAGGAUUUUAUUGUGUAAGGGCAUACGCUUCCUGUGAUUUGUGUUUCUAAAUAAUUGUCUUGCUUUGCAACAUCAAAACUACUACUCUAAAUAAAGGUAUAUUUGCCUAAUGUGUGCUGAAGAUUUGAAGAGUGAAUAAAGGGAAAAAAGAGUACCCAACGUGUGCAAUUUUACUUUCUCUGCAUUGUAAUGGAGCUUGUAUCCAAAAUUAUUUAUCUGAAUUGACAAUAUUAUAUGUUUGUUUUCA